GCGUCGGCUUGUUAUGCACGCUAUGAGUGACCCGACUGCGUUGGCAGGAAUGAUUCCCUUCGAAUCUAUUGGACUGUACGAGCAGCCGAAGCCGCGGUUCAUCUUCAAAAUGCCCAGAGUGGUACCCGACCAGAAAGGAAAAUUCGAGUCCGAUGAUCUGUUUAAGAGACUGAGUCGAGAGAGUGAGGUGAGGUACACUGGGUACCGCGAUCGGCCGCCAGAGGAGCGCCAGAUGCGCUUCACCACGGGCUGCCGCGAGGGCCACACGGAGAUCGCCUUCACCACCACCGGCACCAACCUGCAGCUGGUAUUCGACCAUUCGCCCUACAACAACCGCGGAUGCGACUUCCAGAAGGAAACCGGAAAGGUCCACAUCGUGUCGCGAUUCAUCAUGAACGGCGUGUGCGUGCGCUGGCGGGGCUGGAUCGACCUGGAGCGGCUGGACGGGGCCGGCUGCCUCGAGCUGGACGAGGAGCGGGCGGCCAUCGAGGACGCCUCGCUGCGGGACCAGAUCGAGAGGUACAACCAGCGGCUGCGCGACUUCGAGGACAAGCAGCGCGCCUACCGCGAGCACGGCGAGGAGCUCCGCGCGCACUCGCAGGUGCACGCACAGCGCUGCCACCAGCCGCGCCAGCCUCCGCACCCCGCACACCCCGCGCACCCGCACGCCGCCCACCCCGCCCACAUCAAACCGCACUCCCAGGGCGCGCUCAUCUCGUAGACCGGCGCGUCUAGCCGAUACGCCGAAUAUACCGAUAUACUCAAAUACUAGAUUAGGAUGAAGCUUUCCUAGUGAAAGCUACGUGCAAAUACAAAACGAGCCCUAGAGGUUAUAACUAAAUUAACUGGUUAAGAUGGAUAGUGGAGAUUCGUUCAGACUUCAGACCGAGAACCUUAUUUUGAACAAAACUUAUAUUAUGUAAUGUUAACAAGUAGCAUAUUGAGUAGAAUUGUAUCCACCAGUAAUAGCCCAAUAUUAUAUUAUGUAACUGUACGAUGUAUCUAAUAUGUAUUUAACUCUAAUUGAUGAUCAUUACAUGAGUAUUCGUCAAAUAUUUAGUACGGAAUUCGGAGGAGAAUAGUUUUAAAACCAGAAACGCAUUUGAAAUAAUUUUAAUUAUGAUUACAUUUUAUAUUAAUUUGACUAGUUUAUAACAAUAUUAUGUAUUAAGUAUUAAUUACGAAAUAUGUUUGUUUUACUCCAGUAAAUAGUUUAGUUCUUGUUUUGGCCAAAUUGAUGUUAUUUAAUUUUAAGAUGAUUUUUAUGU